AUGUUCGUUUUCCCAGCUUUUGAUAAAAAUUAUAAGCAACGUAAACGAACAUACAAAUGCUGUCGGACUUGUCGAUCCAAGAGGAUCAAAUGUAUUAUAAAAUCAACUAAUUAUGAUGUUGAAGGGUGUGAGAUUUGUAAACAAAGAGAUAUUAUAUGUGACUUAAUAAAAUCCCCAUCACAACAAAUCAAAUCCAAUACUUCAUCUAGUAUACCUCCACCCAAACCUAACGAUCAAAAUCCUUCAAUACCAUCGAAUUCGAUGGUCAAUAAUCAAAUUUCCAAUAAUGUACUACUUAAUAAUCAAAGUAAUUUCCCCAAUUCAGUUCAACAAGUGUAUUAUCCAUCAAAUUAUGUUCAAAAUUUACCUUCUGGUCAAAAUCCCAUUGGUCAGCCUGCAUUCAUUAUAUCAUCUCCUGUUCCUCCUUCACAAAUGCAUCCCAUGUUAUCAUCACAAAAUACUCAACCUAGUUCUUCCAAUUCUUCAUCACUGUAUUCACAUUCUACUCCAUCAGGUACUCCAUCGAAUAUUCCUCAUGUUAGUCCAGAAUAUCAAUAUCAUUAUCCAAUUUAUCAAAAUAUGACUUCGAAUCAAUUCAAUCAACUUGGUCAACCUAACCAAGGAGUUCCUACACCUCCUUCUCAGGGUCCUUCACCUCAAGGUCCCCCUUCUCAAGGACCAUCACCCGGCCAAGGACCUUCACCUGGCCAAAAACCUAACUAUAUCACCCCUAUUACCAAUCCUCAGUCGAUUUUAUUACCACCACCAAUCAAAUUCCCCAGUAUAAAUUCUCCAAUGGUUCAAGAACCUGAACGUGAAGCUAAAAGAUUAAAAUCUGAUACUGGCGAGAAGAAAUAUACUUUGAUCGAAGAACCAAAACUUGAAGCUGUAGCUGAAGAUCCUUCUACUGAAUCAAAAGCUGAAGAGAUUGAAAAUAUCAAUGCUCAAUAUUUGAAAGAUAAAUUCGAUUUCAAUGCUUCAAUUAUUGAUGCUGAAUAUACCUUCACUUAUAUUCCUGGUAAAGAUACUGGACGAGCAUUCAUGCAUCCAACCAAUGAACCUCAUAAAAGUGUUAAAUCUCCCUGUUUAAAACUGAAAAUCAGUUUUGAUUAUUUGAAGUCUAUUCUGGCUUUUACUUUAUCAGGACCUUUACCUUAUAUGUUUUCCGCCUAUCAAGAAAGAAAAUUGUUGGAACUAUAUUUCUUCAAAAUUAAUUCGGUAUUUCCUAUAAUUCAUGAAUCACAAUUCUGGGAAAAAUACGAUAAGGGAAUAGUUUCAAAUGUUUUGGUUUAUGCCAUGGUUCUUUCCAUCAUCAGAGAUGGAUUAUCAAACGUUAAAUUAGAAUUCAUUUACCAUUUGGAAUUGAAAAUUAGACAAUUAUUAAUCUUUUUACCUGAAUUGGGUGAUAAUGAUAAAUUAACAAAGACUCAAGUUUUGAUUUUAUUAUCAUUAAGUUUUGGAGAUCUGAGAGAAGCCAAUGAACAAAGUUCUACUGAUUUGAUAUCAGCAAUUUCAACUUGUUUUUCACUUUUGAUACAUUGGAAAUUAACUCAUGAUAAGAUUAAGAGUGAUGGUAAACAUGAAAGAAGUAUGGCUUUGAAGAAAUUAUGGUUCGUGCUUUUCAUUUUCGAUAGAUUUAAUGGUAUAACUAAUUCCAAAGCGUUCUUCAUCAAAGAAAAAGAUUUUGACGUUGAAUGUGAUACUGAUGAUGAUGAUUUUAAUAUGUUGGUUUCAAAUAUUAGAACAAUUUCUGAAGCUAUUGUUAUAAUUUAUCAACCAACUAAGAAUGAUCCCAGUAGAAUGCCAGAAUUGGUGUCUAUAGCUCUUAAACGAUUAAAUUCAUUAAAACCUCCACCAUUGAUUAAAUUGACUAAAUUAGAUGAGGAAGAAUUGGCAGGUUAUAAAAAGAUAACCUUUUAUUCUUUGAAUACUUUAAUUCUUAAAAUCAUGCUCAUGGCUGUUAAUGCUGCUAAAAUUCAUACUCAGGGUAAAUUUCAUGAAGUUAGUGAAACUUCAAUGGGAUUAUGUCUUGACAUAGCAUCUUUAUUUGAAUAUCUAGUUCCUGAAUCUGGUUCUGAUGAAAAUCAAGAUGCAAGAGAUUUUCAAGUUAAAAAUGAUUCUUUAGUACUUCAUAUUCCUGUAAUUCCUUGUUUAUUCUGUGUUUUCAUGUCAGUAUCCAUAAAGUAUAAAAUCAAAUCAAUUUAUUUCAUUAAAUUAGGUAAGUUAAAUCAAAGAGAUGAUUUAAAGGAUAAAAUAGAAGGUAUUGAUUUGAUUUUCAAUAAGUUCAAUAGAAAUGCUAAAAUUUUCACUAAAUGGGCAUUCAUGAACGAUAUUUAUGAUAAUUUCAACUAUUUCAUAAAUAAAAUUGAAAAUACAAUGAAGGUCAAAACUAACAUGAAAUUCAAAAGAUCUGUUGAUCAUGGUAAGAGAGAUGCUAAAACAAGAAUUUCUUCUUUAGUGUCUGAUGUAGCUCCAAUAGUCAGUCUUUCAUCUCCAUCAUAUUAUAGUAUUGAAAAUCUAGAAAAAUCUAUGAUCGACGAAGAAAUGAAGAGAAGAGCCUUAAAUGAGGACAACGAUGACAUUACGAACGAAACUAACGGUGAAGAUGACUUUGAUUUUGAUUAUGAUUUAAGUCAAUUAUUGAAUUCCGAAAAUAACUUCUUACUUCAAGGAAUCAAUAAUGAAUUUCUCCCUAAUUUAAGUGAUUUUGUUACCCAAGAUCCACUCUUGAAGGACUUUUUUGAGUUGAACAAAUCUUAA